AUGGCUGGAGCUUUUGCCAACUUCGGUCCAAGCCAAUACAGCGAGUUGUAUCCAGCAAUCACGAAGCCAAAUGCGGGUGGUCAGUUAUGUUCGUCGGCGAAGCCGCUUCUACAUAUCACGCUUGGGUUGUUGGACGCGCUAUCUACCUCAUGUUUACUGCAUUGUGUCGGCAGUAUAAACGACACUGAGGCCGAAAGCCCCUGCGACGCACACGGAUGGGCUAUGGACUUUCUUGAGUUCGGCUGUAUCCAACAACAGGCUUCUAAAGGUGGAAAGUCUUCGGCGCAAGCUGUCCCGAGUCCUCUGCCGUUCUUUCCACUGCCUGGAGAAAUGCCCACCGACCGCAGAAAGUUCAACCACUUGCGCUUCAAUUCCACCGGCUUCAUCAAAGUUGAAGACGAAGGCGUCUCCGAGGGGGGUUUUGGGUCUGCCAAACAAGCUUUGAAGGCUGCUGAACCCGCCAUCGUGCCUGAACGAUUCCAAAGUGCCAAGAUUGUCAAGGACGCUCAAAGUAUUGCCACUAAUUACUCAUGUGCAGCCGCCGGUGGCAUCUGAGAUGGUCGACAUCACCAGCUC